AUGAAGAUACUGGAAGAACUCAUUGUUGUUGUAGGUCCUGCUGGUGUGAAGGACAGCAGAGUUCUCCCCAAAUCUCUCCAGUCCUUCAGACCAGCUGCUCACAUGUCCACACUGAUAACUGGCAGAAGCUGGACGUCAUUAAUGUGGUUGGACAGUGGCGGGCAGUGGACAGGUGUCCAGCAACCCUCCUUGUUCUUCUUCAUCCCUCUCCCGAGCAUUGGCCUCACCCCAGAAAAGUUGACAGAUAACAGCCAUGGCAAGAUGGCUGUAGUUUACCGGCAGGAAGAGAAGAGCAGGAGUUUGAAAAGGAUGAGUCAUAUAAGUAGGAGCAUGGAGACUCUAGUCUUCAUUCAAGGAUCCAGGGGUCAAAUCACUGUGACUCAGAGUCCUGAAGCGACAGCUGUUCUCCCAGGACAGACAUUCAGUAUGAGCUGUAGAACCAGUUCUGAUGGGGAGAGUAGCAGUUACUAUGCUGGAUCAUAUGAUAAGCAGUGUUUAGCCUGGUACCUUCAGAAAUCUGGAGAAGCUCCUAAACUCCUCAUCUACUCAGGAAGUUACCGUGAGUCAGGGAUUCCAGGUCGAUUCAGUGGCAGUGGAUCUGGGUCUCACUUCACUCUGAGCAUCAGUGGAGUCCAGGCUGAAGAUGCAGGACAUUAUUACUGUCAGAGUUGGCACAUCUCUGAAUCACUGUGGUACACAUUCGGCGGAGGAACCAGGCUGGAGGUUGGAAGCGAUGCUACCCCCGUCCUCACGGUCCUGCCCCCCUCUAGUCAAGAGGUGUCCGGUAAGAACGAGGCCACGCUGACGUGUCUGGCCAACAAGGGCUUCCCCUCUAACUGGAAGCUGCAGUGGACGGUGGACGGCAGCGCCAGGACCGGGGACAUGAGCCACGGAAUCCUGGACAAGGACGGCAAGUACAGCUGGAGCAACACGCUGAGCCUCUCUGCGGGCGAGUGGUCCAAGGUGGUUUCGGUGAGCUGCAAGGCCACUCGGGACUCCCAGACUCCCGUCAUCGAGACGCUCAGGAGAUCCGACUGUUCCGCGUAGACGGGCGCCCGCCCGAUUACUCUGUUUUUACUCUGUUUUUACUCUGUUCCGUGUUCCACUCUCACCUGUUUUACUAACAACACAGAGGUUAAUAAUGUGCUUUGCUUACAUGUGAAACCCUUCACCCUCAGCUUGUCACUAUUAUCUAGUGUGUCCUCUGCUUCUCUUUGACAUCAGACUGUCUGUGUUACGCUGUGUGAUCUUGUGCUUCAAUAAUAUCUGAAAUGCAGCUGAGAAUAAUAAAGAUUUUUUCAAUCAAACACA